AUGGAGCCGCGUCUAGAACAUGCCAACAGGAGCGAGGAUGCCGAAACUAUCGCUGUCGGUUCGAGCGAUUCAAGUUUACAACUUGAACUCCGUCCAGAAUUGCCUUGGCUUCGCUACUCGAUUCUCAGUGUCGGAAUUCAUGUGGGUUUGCUACUAUCGUUUCUCGAUACUUCGAUCGUCGCCACCAGUCUCUUCGCCAUAGGGAUUGAAUUCAAGGCAUUGGCGACGGUGAAUUGGAUAGCCUUAGCCUAUUCCCUAGCAUAUCUUGGAUGUGCUGUACUGUUCGCUCGAAUAUCCGACAUCAUCGGCCGACGUAAUGCGUUCCUCAUAUCAUAUCUCAUCUUUAUUGUAUUCUCACUUGCAUGUGGGUUUGCUAAAAGCUUAACCCAGUUGGUAGCUUUCCGAACUGCCCAAGGACUCGGUGGCUCUGGACUGUACUCUAUUACGAUGAUAAUACUUCCCGAGAUCUCACCGCGGAAAGUAGAGAAAUUCAUGGGAGGUAUAAUAGGGAUUGUGAUAGCUAUGGCGGGUGUACUAGGUCCGAUACUUGGUGGGAUAUUAACAGAGUAUACUUCAUGGCGAUGGAUAUUCUGGAUCAAUGGACCUAUCGGCGGAGUGGCGAUGCUUCUCUUCUUCCUGAUGUGGCCGAAGCCUCAGUAUUUGCCAAAUACCGAGAGAAGAACUUGGAAGGAACUCGACUACCUCGGCUCAAUCCUUCUCAUUGGAGCAGCCGUACUGGUUGUAUUCCCAUUCCAAAACAUCGGCACCAUGACAGAUCGGUGGUCACAGGCUGUCUUCGUUGUUCCACUUGUCAUUGGGGUGAUCUUAUGGCUAGCUUUGUUCGCGUGGUCCAUCUUCGUCGAAAAACGCUGGAACCAUAGAAUAGCAGCGGCGCUCCCUAUGCGUCUAUUGCGAAACCGUGUGUAUGCUGUAGCAGUCAUCAACACAUUACUUACCGGAUUUCCCUAUAUGCUUACCAUCUUCGCAUUCCCCCUCAGGCUGCAGAUAGUGAACGGCAAGGAUUCACUCAUGGCUGGUGUCAUGCUGCUUCCGAUGUUAGGAGCAAGCGCCGUUGGUUCUGUCAUUUCAGGGGCCAUCAAUGGAAAGGCAAACAGAACAUUUGAGUUGCAGAUUGUGGCCUCUUGCUUCGUAGUCCUUGGCUGCGGACUUCUAUCAACCCUUUCUAGCUCAUUUACGCUUGAACCGAAAGCUCUGGGAUUCUUGGUCUUUGUCGGCCUUGGGUUUGGAAUAAUUGUUGCCACGUCAACUAUGGUAGCAACGGUGGAAUCGUCAAGCGAAGAUCACGCUUCUGCGCAAGGUGUGAUGGCUGAAGUUCGAGUUUUGGGUGGUAGUAUAGGUAUUGCGGCCUCCUCUGCUAUUGUAGGGAUUAGAAUCAAAGACCAGGUCGGAACUUUGAAAACUGGCUGGCUUCCUUCACCUGCAGGUGCUGGUGGCAGUCUGACUCGUGCUCAACAGAUCGCUGUCAAACAAGCAUAUUCCGACGCAUUCGACGAAGAUAUGCGUGUAUGUACAAUCAUUGGAGCGUUUGCAAUACUUGUUAGCUUUUGCAUGUUGAGUCGGAAGCGGCUGGCCGUGGUGGAGCACACUGAGCAGCAUACGAAGGAAAGGGCCGAAGAAAGGAACUCUGCUCGAACUUCGACAGCUCCCACUGAUGGGACUAUUCUAUAA